AUGGCGGACUUUGCGAGUUGGGUGAACAACAACAGAAGCCUGUGGACACGCGUCUAUGAUGAGGUCAUUGCGCCCGACUUCGAGAAGGAGUGGAAGAAGAGAGAGGAAGAGCAAAAAAACGAAUUGAAGCAGAGGGACGAGAACCAGGAACUUCUGUUCAAAUAUAUCAACCAACAGAUUGUCAAAACUGCGCAUCUCGUCGAAGAGAACGAGAGGCUCGAAACUGAGCUCCAGCAGAGGGUUGAGAGUACCGCACCGUCGACGACCUUUGAGGAUGCAACUACUACUACGUCGAUGGGCGUCUCCGAAGAUGAACACCGUAAUCUCGCCGAAAAGUACGACGAGCUGAGCAAGAAGUAUCAGGAUCUGUCCCAGAAGGUCAAAUACCUCGAGAGGAAAAACAACGCCGUCAUGCAAAAAAACAGAGAUAUGAAGGACAGCGUGCGCGCGUGGCAACAGUACGCCGAUCGUCAAAAACCAAACCAGAAGCCUAAGGGCGCGUCUAGACUUGAUGAAGGUCCAUCAAGACUAUUAGCUGUUUCUCACAACGAUGAAGCUCCGCCACAUAUGCCCUCGAGCCCACGAUCCGUCGGCACUGUACGAACGCCAUUGCUCUGCGCUGAUCGAGGACACUCAUCACCAGCUCCGAGCGUGUUACUCACGGAUCCAGAAGCUGUCCAUGAAGCAGCAGCAUACCAAGACGAAGGAUACCUACCAAGCGCAUCUGUUACCCCUAAAGGGCCGACAGCUGUGAGCCGUAGCGAGCCUCAAGAUGUAGCGCGUGGUGAUUCUUCCCUGAAUGUGGCGUCGGACAGAGGAGGCCAAUUGCGAACGGCAACUGGCGGAGUACCGAGCUCGAGCCAGACCACCGUGGAUGAAGCUGCUGACCAGGCGAACCGGCUAACUCAGACAAUUGAUGUCGAAGACGAAGAUGAUUGGCCACAAAUCGUUUCCGAGCGGUCGCUCAAGCGCAAACGGGAUCAGCACCCAAAGGUCGAUAUAUACGCAGGACGCUCCUCAGAUGGGACUCCUGCAAGACCUCACCGUGUCAAGGAUGAGCCACUGAGCAGCCCACCACCCGCUGUGCAUGUACUCAUGCGCACUGAGACAGUCGACCUUGAUGAUCCGGCGCCCGACAACCUCGCAGUACCCCAACCUCCGCAAGAAUCGCCUUUCAUGCAUUCAAACACAGCCGGCGCCUUUCGCCAUCAAAGAUCUAGUAGCGCGCCGUUCUCACAAGGUCCAGGCCGGGACAACACCCAUAGAGACCACAGAGCAAGGGAUCAUGUAUCCAGCGUUCAAGCUAGGCUUCAGGCUGCUGCUGCAGAGAUGCGAGCACUCAGCGUGCCCACGAAUCCACACCUGGAGGACCAGCACGUCCUUCAGUCUCUUGAUCCCAAUAUUAUGGCUCCAACCUCCGAGCAUUACAUAAACAAGCGCUUGAAGCAGGUCGAAGUCCGGCGCGUUGAGCAUAGCUUACUCGCAGAGUCUGGUGAAGCGCUCCCCCCAGUCGACGAGAAUGAGCUGCGACUACCUCCAAGCGCCGCUCGUGCACGCUUCAACCACAGGAUACGAGCGACCAAAGAUCCUCAGACACCUGCAAGACUAUUGAAACGAACCCCCGCAUCUGGUUCACCGCUUGUCAAGCAAGAGCAGCAACGCACUCCUCCCGCUGGUACACCUCGGCCUGCACAAACACCAUCAGGAUCAAACGCACCGCGAACAUCCACAUCGAGUGCUCGUACAGACCAGCAACAUGACAUUGUACCCGAUGGUCGACCGGUCUGGAGCAUGCGAGCUUCUGAAAAACGACCUAGCGCUCCGAAAUCGAGCACGUCUCCUUCCAGCAUGCAGUCGCGUCUACGCACAAAGCCUGUGAGGGAGCUCAAGGUUCAUGAUUUCAAGCCGAAUCCAGCCUAUAACCAGGGUUAUACAUACGCGUUCUCAGAAGCGGUCCGCAAACGAAGCGACCGGCUGUGUCUGCCAGGCUGCACCAACCCACAAUGCUGCGGUUCUACAUUUCGCCGCCUAGCUGAGGCGCUAGACGUACUUCCUGCGAUACAGGAAGAAGCGUUACUGGAGGACUAUCUCGGCGAUGCAUACAGCAGUGUCAUUUGCACGCAGAUGUCGUCCGACGAGCGUGCUGAACUGGUACUGCAAGCACGCACAAAAAAGAUGGCCAAGGACGUGGGGAAGCAUCGAGAGGCUUACGAGCGGCGCCGAACACCUCCAGGCUUCUGGCGCGUCGACUUUCCUACUACACAAGAGCAGGAAGACGAUAGAGUGCGAGCUAAGGAGCAAGAGGCCAAGACUGUGCAUGAGCGAUGGCUGGAAGCACAGCAGAAAGGCGGAAAGUGGAUUUUCAGGGACGAGUGA